AUGAAAAGCUACGUUUUAAACACCCACGACCAAACAUGCUUACACUCAAUCAUAUGCAAGACAUAUUUUAUUACAUCAGCAUCUGUUUUUGAACGUAAAGCAUACUGUUUGUCUAUAUACCUUUGUCGUGACACCAGCUCCUGUAGAAAUAAUUUGGCACCCGCUGUGAGUCUGGCUGUGAAAAAAGGUUCAUUAAAAUGUGUUGCUUUGGCUUUCUAUCCAAAUUGUUUCGAUGUUUCAUUUCCUUCGUUGAGCGAUUUCAGUAAUGGAUGA